AGCUUGAGUGCCUGGAGUGUUGCUUAGUCGGUUGGCGUCCUGCAACUGUCGAGAACUUGAACGUGCACGUCAAUCUUGGGCACCUUCUCACUCAGCUCCGCAUGAUACUCAGCAAUGUGCGCUGCAACGCCCCUGACUCCGUGUAUGAAGGCGAGCUUGUACGCCGCGCUCGGCGGCGCACCUUUCAAGGCCCAGGCGUUGCCACCGCAAUAAUUACGUGCGAGCUUGACGAACGUGCCGUCCGCCUCCUGCGCAACAGUCGGCAAUUGCGGGACUGGAUGCGGCUUUCCGGGCUUGCAUCGAGCAUUGUCUUCAUGCUGCUUUCCGACCGGGUUCUUCUGGAUGAAAUCGUUGCCCUCCCCAGUGCGGAUCUUCUGGACUCCAGAGACUGUGAGCAGACGUUCCGUGCUGUUAAGGGGAAAGUCCACGACGGUCGUGCAGUAUUCGCUGUGGGUGUUCUUCAUACGCUGUACAAACCAACGAGGCGCCACAAGGAAAGUGUUGGACGAUGCAUUACGAGCGUUACCCUCGCAGUGGGGCCAACGUAGCUCAUAGUACUUCUCACCAAUCUGGACGAUGUGCGGGUAGAGGGAGGCGAACGGCUCUUUUUACGCCAGAGCCUGCUGGGCGCUGUUGUUUGUCAUAGUAGGCGCACUACCGCCGCCGUGGAUGUUUCCCGGAGGAUCAACAGACUGUCUUGGCCCACGCUUAUGGGGCAACACCACGUUCGACAGCACGACAUGUGCGCUCCUCACCGAG